GUGAGUGAGUAUAAAAUCUCCCACAGUGUUUGAAGGAAUCAGAUGAAUGCCUGUUAAAACGAACCAACAUUUGCUGAGAAAUGCAGUGUCCUCAAAAGCCUAUGUUUGCCAACUGGCUUAUAGAGCAAGUAGAGGCGGGCCAGUAUGAAGGUCUGUGCUACGUCGCACAAAACAAGAUCCGAAUUCCCUGGAAGCACAUCUCCAAAAAGGACUGCAGUGUGGUCGACACCAAAAUAUUUCAUGCAUGGGCAGUUGUUAGUGGUAAGAUCAGUGAUUUCCCAAAGGAUAAGGCCAGGUGGAAAACAAACUUUCGCUGUAACCUGAACCACCACCCACGCUUCAAACUGGUUGAAGAUAACUCUAAGACUACAGACCCUCAUAAAAUCUAUGAGAUUAUCAACACUAAAAUUAUUGUUGUUGCAGGCAAUGAUGAAUUUACACAGAAUAUACAAGCACCAACUGAGGAUUCUGACAUGAUUGUAGACCUCUACAGGGCUCCCACAGAGAAACAAUAUGCAAAUGACUUUAUGGUUUUAGAGCCUGGCAUCCAACCAUCAGGUAUGUCUCAAUUUGAUCGAAGAAAAACAAUAACAUUUAUCCCUUUUGUAAUGUCUUUGAUUAAAAUGUCAUUUCCCUCACUCUAUCCUUCUCUCUCACACUGGUGUGCAAUAGAAUACUUUCAAAAUUAUCUAACUGUCCAGGGAACUCAUUCUGUUGCUGCAAUAGCUAAGAAUGCCAGUCAUCUUUUAGAAGUAAAUCCAUAUCUGCCUCAAUAUCGGAGUAUUGACUUAGAAGUCUCCAUCCACUACAGGAAUCGACUUAUGCUAAAGACUAUAGUGAACACAGCUCGUCUCCAACUCCACUACCCCCAACAGGCCACUGAGAACAACUUCUAUUCACUCUGCUUUCCCACUACUGAAGGCCUGCUGGACCACAAACAGAUUGAAUACACCAAUCGUAUCCUAAACAGUAUCCAGAGAGGUCUACUUCUAGAAGUGCACGAGUCUGGCAUUUAUGGCAUCAGGCAGGACACUUGCCGUGUGUUUGCCAGCACUGACAUACCCAGCAUGGCUCCAGCAAGAAAAUUACCCAAAAAUACCAUUGUGGAGCUUUUCAAUGUUCAGAAGUUUAUUCAAGAACUAAAGCAGUUUAAAGAGAACAGUGGUGGCACUCCCAACUAUAAAAUCACUAUGUGUUUUGGAGAAAUGUUCCCAGAUGGAAAACCACUGGAAAAGAAGCUUAUUGUAGUCCAGGUGGUCCCACUGAUCUUCCAAAGCUUUCAUGAGAAGGCCCAGAGUGAAGGAGCAUCUUCGCUGAACAGUGCUAACGUCAGUCUGCAGUUGUCAAACAGCUUUUAUGAUUUCAUUGCAUCUCAAUUAAGCCCACCAACAACUGAGUUUAAUGAACAGUCCAAUUGAGAAUUGUUUACAUUUACAAAUAAAUGUUUUAUUAAACCACA